AUGGCCUCAGCAACAGCGACCUAUGGGCAGAAGGAGUCUUCGGACCAAAACUUUGACUAUAUGUUCAAGAUCCUCAUCAUUGGAAACAGCAGUGUGGGCAAAACCUCCUUCUUGUUCCGCUACGCCGACGACUCCUUCACGCCAGCAUUUGUGAGUACGGUGGGCAUCGACUUUAAGGUGAAGACCAUCUACAGAAAUGACAAGAGGAUCAAAUUACAGAUCUGGGAUACGGCAGGUCAGGAGCGAUACCGUACCAUCACCACGGCCUACUACCGAGGAGCCAUGGGCUUCAUCCUCAUGUAUGACAUCACUAAUGAGGAGUCCUUCAACGCGGUCCAGGACUGGUCGACUCAGAUUAAGACAUACUCGUGGGACAACGCCCAGGUGCUGCUGGUAGGAAACAAGUGCGACAUGGAUGACGAGCGAGUGGUGAGCGGGGAUAGAGGCCGCCAGCUGUCUGAACACCUCGGAUUUGAGUUCUUCGAGGCCAGUGCCAAGGACAACAUCAAUGUAAAGCAGACCUUUGAGCGCCUGGUUGACAUCAUCUGUGAAAAGAUGUCUGAGAGCCUGGACGCCGGAGAUCCCGCCGUCACAGGGGCCAAACAGGGGCCCCAGCUGACAGAGCAGCCUGCUCCUCCUCACCAGGACUGUGCAUGUUAAAGCUGACUACUCCCUGAAACCCUUUUCCUCCCUCUUCCUCCUUGUACUCCUUCAGCUGGACCCCAGGGCCUCGGGUCCAUACUCUAUCACCCUUCUCACUCACUUUCCUGCUUUUUCUAUAACCUAGGAAGGAUCCAUGGCUGAGGGGCACAAGAGCCAGGUUACAAAGUGUCUGAAAUGCUCUGAGUUGCUUGUAGAACAGUGCAUGGGGUG